AGGAGGCGCGUGUACGAGAGCCGAUACUCUACCAGCUUUACCGGCGUCCGUCAGCUCCGAAGCGGCGGAGACUCAUGAGUUCAGAUUGUCGGUGUCCCUCAGCGGUCCCACGGACGUCCUUCUGACUUUAUUGAAGCCGAAAAAUGUUGAGUUUGAGCGGGUUGUCAGUGGCUCUGGCCCUCGCCCUCUUACCGGGACCUGUUGAAGGCCUGAAGGAAGGAGAAUGUGAAGUGUGCGUCUCCUUCCUGGGGAAGUUUUACGAGUCGUUGAAGGACUCCAACGCCAACAGCGCCGAUGUUGAGAAGGAGCUGCUGAAGAGCUGCAGUGACACCAAAGGAAAAGAGAACAGAUUUUGUUACUACAUCGGUGCGACGAGCGACGCCGCCACCAAGAUGAUAAACGAAGUGUCCAAACCGCUCAGCUACCACGUCCCGGUGGACAAGAUCUGUGAGAAGCUCAAGAAGAAGGACAGUCAGAUCUGCGAGCUGAGAUACGACAAGCAGCUGGACCUGACCACAGUGGAUCUGAAGAAGCUGAAAGUCAAGGACCUGAAGAAGAUUCUGGAUGAGUGGGGCGAGUCGUGCAAAGGCUGCGCCGAAAAGUCCGACUUCAUCCGCAAAAUAACCGAGCUCAUGCCUAAGUACGCGCCUGCAGCCGCCAAGGCACGGACAGACCUGUAGCGGCGGGGACACUGACUCUGGACAGACAGGAAGUCCUGCCAGGAGAAGGAAGAGCACGUCUCGGUCUGCUCUGCAGGCUCAGAGUUUCUACUGUACUUUAAACUGAAGUUCCUGCUCCUCCGAUCCUUUCACAACAAGAGCCCAAGUUCGUCUGCAUCCCAGAAUCCCCAACCAGCGGAGGAAAAACGGACCAGCAGCGGCUCACCGUCAUCAUCCUGGAGUCCGUUCAGCCCCAACAUGUUUCUGAGCAGCGCCCCUUGCUGACUGUUUACAGAACUGCACAUCUGAAUUAAAACCUGGUUCUGAUUUAUAGGACGAUUCGGACCCACUCCACUGUUUCUUACUUAGGCUGGUUCUGUUCCAAUUGAACCAGUCAGACCAUUAAACACAUUGAGUCACUUCCUGUCUCCUCCGCUUCGUUAUUUACGAGUUUCCUCCUGGAUUAAAACCACCAUCACUGCCAGCAGCCGUACAGCCCAAAAUAUUUUAUUUUGAAAGGGCGUUCAGACUAACAUACAGACAGGAAGUAGACGGAACAUAAAGUGGCCCAUUUAUGGUUUGUAUUCCUGGUUCCGUUAAAUCCCAGUCCAAUUCUUAUUUAGGUGAUUUUCUGUAUUUAUUAAAGGUUUUUUCAAACUUUUUUGUUUUGACUUCAUGUGAAUAAAAUGAUCUGGUUC